UUUACCUUAUCUAAUUCAUGUGUUAGUUGGAAAUCACAAUUACAACAUAUUGUUGCACUAACCACUACAGAAUGAGAAUAUAUUUCUACCAAUGAAGCUAUUAAAGAAGCUCUAUCGCUUAGAGGCCUACUUCAUGAACUAUGUGUCUUGAAUGAUUAUGUGGAUGUGUAGUCUGAUAGUCGGUCACCUAUACAUUUGUGCAAGAACACCGUUUUUCACGAGAGCACUAAACACAUUGAUGUUAGACUCCACUUUAUUAGAGAUAUAGUAGCUCAAGAGGUGGUAAGACUUGAAAAGGUCCACACACACUACAACCCUUCCGAUAAGGGGACGAAGGUACUGCCACUAGCAAAGUUUAGAAGUUGCAAGAAACUUCUAAAUAUUGAUACAGGUAAAUGAUUUCCAAUUUUAUUUGUUUUCUAUUAGAGGUGUCACUAAUGGGAGACAUUUUCUUUUGCAGGUCUUUUGACACUAAGGUGGAGGUUGUUAGGCAAUUUGUUGUCAAACAACCUCCAGGGCAAUGAUGUAACAUCGAUUUUAUUUAUUAUCAAUCGGCCUUGGCCAUAUGAUUGAAUUAUAUGUCAACACUAUCAUCAAGACAAUCCAACCCACAUCUCUAUGGACCGUUAGAAGCAACCUAUUUUAAUAGUGUUGCUCAUGGUUCGUCUCAUUUACUUGGAGGGCUAUGUUAUUCAUUUGGAGCCCAUUACCUUGUGUUGAGCCUUGUUUGGACCACUAAGUUAACCUAACCUAACUUACCAUUUUUGGUCACUCAUUUGGCUUAUAACCUACGGCUCCUCUACACCUCCACCAUGAAGAACACUCCAUCUCUUUCUGUGACUUUGAUUCUCGGCCUCUUUCCUUCAUAUAACUUGUGUGGUUUCUCUUGGGCUAUACAUUGUUCUUCAUCUUGGCCGACUCUUUGUGAGUAUAUAUAUAGCAACCGUAUGUGGGAAGGAAGGAGGUGGAAGUUGGGUGUUGUCUCAAUCGAGGUUGUGUCGAUAUAUGGUGGAAACUGAGCCCGGUAUCACCUUGGUUAUUGCUGAAAUUACACCUUACAACAGCAAAAUAGUAUCAAAAUGCUGGGAGAUUUUACCACCCAACGCGCAUUAUUUGGUGGCGCUAUCACCAGGUCUUUCCCCCUUCGCUUCCAGGAUGUGAGUACUAUUCGCCAAGUUCCUGAUCAUCAGGAGGUAUUUGUGGACCCUACGCGCGAUGAGAGCUUGAUAUUUGAAUUGCUGGACUUGAAGGCUGACGUGCUGGAUGAGGGGAGUGCCACGUGGUUUCUUCAAGACCUUGCCAACGAACAAGAUGCUGAUGGAACGAUGGUACUUGAGCAGUCUGGGGUGUUUGAGGCUGAUUGGUUGCAAUACAGAAACAUACCUGCUGUUGUUACAACUGCUGCUGGACCUGGACAAAUGGUCUACUUGGCUAAUUUGCGCCUUAAGGGAGUUGCGACAGAUGUUCUGAUCACAGCAUAUGAGCCUAUGUUGAUUAAGUUGCAAAAACUUUCAUCUGCCAAUGCUUAUCGGUUAUCACUUUGUUUAUUACUUUGCUGAAGAUAUGCAAGUCUUCCCGAGCAUGACGGAAAACUACUUUUUUUCUACCUGUUGAGAUGUACCUAAUAUAUUCUUUCAUCUGCUUUGUUUCUGUUCUUGUAGUCCUUUGAGCGAAAGUGCUAGCGCAAUUGGGGCUGGUUUCAUUGUACCUGCUGCGCAAUGUGGAUGUAUACCAAUGGCUGAGGUGUUCAAGCUUGCUGUUUCUAGUUUCAAGGUCAAUGAUUGGAGCCUUUUUGGUGUUGCUGCUUGAUAAGUUCUGGAAGGAUGCAUGUAAACAAAAACCGCGAAUUAUCGAAAUUGCACGUUUUCUAUUUCCCAUCUUAGACCAGUUUUCACUUGGAAUUAGAAACUUUUACUUGGCAGAGGAAAAGAAGUUGCUUGGAAUUGGACCCUUGGAAGUUCUUUUGGCGUGUUAGCCGGUUAGAUCUCAAUAUUUGAUGAAAUACUUUUGCUGAUUAUUGGCAAAUUCUCGUUAUAGGUUACAAUUCUUGGAUCAGUGUCCUUAUUUAAGGCUUUUCUUUUGAACUUUACAGUGAACACUGUAAUUACGUGUUUUUUGUAUUUUCACAGCUCUGUCACUUUCAGAUGGUAAUUACUCUUCUUACACGGAUUACUUGUGUACAUAUU